UAAAAGUCACGUGUCCAAUAUGGCAGCGCCCAGACCUGGUAAUGACGAUCGUGGAUGGAAUGAUCCUCCAAUGUUUGACUAUGUUGCCCCGAUAGCACUUUCUAAUGCUUCUUCUCCACGUCGAACACAGCUUAACAAACGAGUGGCCUUUCCGAUGUCAGGAUCUAGUCCAAGUGGAGGAGGUGUCCUUUUAAAUCCAGAACAAGGCCCACCCAAGCUAGAUGUUCAAAUUCUCCCUCCUGCCACCAAUCUUGACACACCUACGCCAGUACCUGUUUUAGUGCCUUCACUCGUUCCAAAUCCUGGAACUGUGGAACCAUCUACUGCCCCUCCAGCCUGCCCAGGUGCACAAACAUUAAAAUCGCUAAUCAGUAAAUUAGAAAUAGAAUUAAUAGAUUUACAAAAAUAUAUUUAUGAUAAUCUCUUGAAAAUGGUGGAAGAAUUUAAAGACAGAUUACAGGGUCGAGCCAGUGAAGAUGUAAAACGAAGACUAGAUGUUAUGAAUAGUAUGUGGUCUGAAGGAAAACUUUCAGAUUUAGUUCAAUUAAAAGUAGGCAAUCUCUUACAAGCUUUAAAAGAAAAUGAUAUUAAAACAGCGAAUCAGCUUCACAUAUCUUUAAUGGUAGACCACACAGCUGAGGUUAAUCAGUGGAUGGUGGCCAUUAAAAGACUUAUUGUUGAAAAACAAAAUAGUUGUGAAGAAACAAACUUCACAACUGAUAAUAAUUCAGAAGAAACAACCCCAUCUACUGUUCCCUUCUUUACGCCUUCAGCAACUGCCAUUACACAGCCCGGAAACCUUGAGCCAGUUGAAACAACGCAACCUUCUGUGAAAGACGAGGGUUGAAAAUUUCUCUACUUUCAUUUUAUUUUUUGAUUUUCCUAAGUAAGGAGGGCUUGUUGUAUUUCUGGUGCUAUACACUUACUGGUUGUAGUUUGUAUUUAUUAAUUAUAUUACACAAACAGAUAUUUCUUGUGCGAGACAAUUAAAGGUUGUAGUUUCCAUACAGUAAUUAUUACAUAAACAGGUAUUUCAUAGGUGCCUAUCCAAUGAUGUGUUUGUUACUGAUUAUGACUGUAUUGAGUGGGAAUUGAUAUGGCAUAUUAACAAGUUUGCUAUUCAAUGCAAUAAACAGGUAGUCUUGCUGAAAUACAAUCAUCAAUAUCUUCUUUACUUAGGAAAUUGUUUUAAUUAUGUUAAUAUUCUUUUGACUACACCAGUUUGUAUUUUUAUUCAUUGGGAAAACCUACCUAUUAUAAUUUUGGUUCUUUUUUUCUUUAGGAUUAAAAUAAUAAUUUAAGAAUAAAAAAUACUUGUUUGUUCCUCUAAAAAGCUUUUAGGUCGACAUGUUAAACAAAUAAUUGUUAACAGGAUUCAAGUGUCUAUUUAUUUAUCAAGGCAUCGAAGAUUUGGUCUUACUACUUCUAAAUACCAUGCUUAGAGUCUGAUAUGAUGCCCCCAUAAAACAUACCCUUUCUAUACUGACCAUGACAAAUAAAACUGAAAGGGGCAUUAGGCAAGAUUAGUUAAAGAGCUGGCAGUUCUCUCUCUAUAAUAGUUGAAAAAAUAGAUAAUGAAAACCGAAUAUGCUGAAAAUUUCAGUCAAAUGGCCAAGUCGAGAUAUUAGCAAUUUUAUUUUAGGCUAGCCUUGAAUGUCAUUACUAACUUUAGUGCGAUAAUGAACCAAGUCUCGAUUAUCCAUUUUUACGUUAAAUUAUCAAUCACAAAAUGUAUUCAAAUCCACCAAAUAUCAUUGGCUAAUUAUGGUCUGGAUAAGUUAAUUAAUGUCUAAUUAAAAAUUUAGAUAACAUUUCAGGCCUAAAGAAAGACCUGUAAUACCCAGAUUUAGUAUGUAUAAUGAUUAGCUAAAGAUAAUUUCAUGUUCACAGUGUAAUGAAUAAAUAAAGUUAAUCUAGUCACCAAUUUUUAGUAUCUUUUAAAUUCUUCCAUUAUCUGUGCACUGCUUGGAUAACUUGUGUAGCCCUUUUUAAGUGAUGCAGUGAUAUAUGAGAACCAGGGUAUUUUUUUUGUAUGGCCUCACAUAGAAGGUCAAAUUUACAUAUAAUUUCAGUCUAUUGUGAGACUAACAGUUCACAGAUUUCUAGAAAGAUUUCAUAUAAAGUGCACCCAUGGUAGGACUUCUUUCUCAUUGAUGUUGACUGUUGGUUAAAAAAAGAAUUAUGAAUAUGAAUUUCUUAUUAGUUUGUUUUUACCUUAAUGCCUACAAUCAUGCCUUUUUUUAGAGACAAUAUCAAAUUCUUACAACUUAAUCCAUGCUCUAUAAUAUACUCAGAUUGAUAAUUUAACAUCUAAUUAAAAAAACAAAGCAAAGAUAUCAGAGGUAGUUAAUAUCUCAGGUUUGGAUUCAAUCAGAUAAAAAGAGGCCUAUUGAAGGAUUUUUCCCAACUUGGAAUGAUGUGCUUUUUAUAGAUUGAAUUUUCACAUUAUUAUAGCUUACAAGGGAUUCGAAAUCUCUGAAUUGUCAAUCAGCCACUUUAACUGUUAUUGUUUAAUAUAUAAUAUAUUAUAAACCAUAUAACUGUAUAAAGUAUCUUUAUUUAUAUAUAAUUUCUGUGAUGUACUUAAUUUUAAUAAAUAUCAUGUAAAAUUUGGAGGGAAAUAUGAUAUGAAUAUUGUUUUAUAACCAAAGUUUUAUAGUAAGUCAUGGAAUUAUUAAUGUAUUUGUGUUAUUAAGAAUAAUAUCUUUGAUAGGUAUUUAAAUGACUAUUAUACAUAUAUUUAAACUAAAACCAGUUGUUGUGGAUAACAUAAGUAUUGUUUAUUAUAUCAUCCAUAAGAAUUGUUAUACCCAUAGUUUCUUAUUCAUAUUGUUUAUUGCUUUUUAAGCAGAGCAUAAGUAAUUUGAUGACUUGAAGCUUUAUAAAAUGACAAAUGUUCAAGUAAUUAAUGGGUGUUAUCUAUUUAUUUUGGGAUUGGGGUGGGGGACAUAGUCACUGUGGUUAGCUUGUUUAUUCUGUCCAAUAAUUAUACAUAUAUUUUAUUAUUAUAUGGAUAUAUUGUUGUAUAUUUGUUUUAAGAAUUGAAAUAUUCGUAGGUAAUUAUAUUACACGGCCUAGCACUGAAAAGUGAAAUGUAUUUAUGAUUUGAUAUUUUAUUGGUAGGUGAGGGUUGACCCAAGAGGCAUUAAGGGAUUAGUUCUCAAGUUUUAGAUUUCUCAGGAAAUUGCCCAGUCUUGGUAGUUGUUUAGGAGAAUGCAGAGAGUUAAACACUCUAUCCUUUAGGAGUUGUUUUUAAUUUAGUGUUGAAUGUAAUUGAUUUGGUAAAACAAUAAGGAGAAAGUUAAUAAUUAUUGAACAUUGAAAAUAUUCUGUGUAAUCCCCCUUGAAUUUAUAAGCAGGAUUACAAUAAAACGUAACAUUUGUAAGAUUUACCUCUCUUUAUAAGUUUGUUUAUUUUUUUAUAGUAUACUAUAUGUAUACAUGUAUAUUUAAUAAUAUAUAAGGCUUUGAUUGUCUUUGUUUAAACUUCUGUAAAGAAUUUUUUGCUGAGUACAAGAUUGAAAUAGUUCAACUUAUUCCAUAAAUUAAAUAACACCAUCUUUAUUAAUCCAAAUUUCUGGUAGCAAACCGAACUGACUGUUUCUACAUAGCAGAUAAUGUAGACUGGAGAUUACAUGUAGAUGUAUUUAUGAUAUUAAUCAUCUGGUUAUGCAAAUAAUAAUAUAUUGAUAAUAAAGAUAUAUUAUAUGUACUCAA